AUGAAGGAUGGCCGUGGCGGUAGACCAACUCGUGCAAAACCGCUCCCGUCUCAUCCUGGCAAUGUCUACCGACCUUUUGCCGAACUGAUGCAAUUGGAGACCAUCGAUGGCGACACGUUCAGAUCGAUAGCACCUCCCUUUGCGCCUGGUGGUCCUGUAGGCGUUGGGCGUUCCUAUGGUGCUCAUGUCUACGCUCAAGCAGCCUACGCGGCCAGUAAGACCGUAGACAAGGGCUUCCUCCUUCAUCAUGUAUCUGGCAACUUCAUACUCGCUGGUGAGCUUGCGGUGCCGUUCGUCUAUAGGGUCCAAAGCAUUCGCAACGGCAAGUCGUAUUGCACCCGAGCAGUGAACGUUACUCAGAGCGAAGGGAACGGCAUCUGCUUUACCUGCAUAUGUUCCUUCAAGACCGCUGAGCCCAGCCAUGUCGAGGCACAACGAGAGCUCGACAUAUGGCGAGAGUAUGCGGUCGUUCUCAAGGAUCGACUACCGCAUGAUUUCCAAGAGGUCCCCGGAAUGGAUCUUCCCUUCUAUUGGCAGAGGCGAAAGGAGACUGGUGAGAACGACAAAUUUCCAGGACUCCAGUGUCAUAAAGUCGACAUGUCCAGAUAUAAUAAAGAUAAACACCCAAUCGAUCGACGCCAACUAAUCUUCUAUCGAACCAUCGGAGACAUGCCGGCAGACCCAAACCUUCAUUUGGCGGCGCAUCUAUACUCCUCAGACAGGAACUCCUUAUACAUCGUCGCAAAUAAUUAUGGAGUAGGAGACUACUGGACCCAGAUGUCAAGUCUCUGCCAUACCGUGAUCUUCCACAGUCCAAUGGAAGCACUACUCUUCAAGCCCUCCUCAGGACAGCAGUCCGAGCUGAACGACCCCACGGGCAGAUGGUUCGCUUUCGAGGGCGGUGGAGAUCGUAUGGGCAGCGGACGAGCUGUCUUUAACUGUCGACUAUGGAAUAAUGAGGGCAUCCAUGUUGCUACCGCAGUGCAAGAUGGUCUACUCCGAUUUACGAAACGAAUAGAUGCAAGCCCAGAAGAAGAACAAGAGAUAGAACGCAUAAUGCGAGGAUGGGGCCCACGAAGUAAACUAUAA